GCCUUCAAACAGAGUUUCAACAAAACCACAGGGGGAAGUGACUGAACUCAGAUCAACGAAGAGUGCGCUUGAAGGCAACAUGGGCUGGAUUCCGGACUUGUCAGUCGAAACCUGGACUUUAAUAGCAAUUGUCAUCACUCUCAUUGUAAUGUGAGUAUGCGACUAUGUUCACCUUUUCCAGCGCUUGGAGAAAAAUGACAACAGUCUGGAUUUAGACGAUGAUAAUGAACUCUGCUGUUUAUCUCAAAGACUUUCGGUUUCAGGGAUAUUUAGGAAGGGGUAUGAAAGGACUCUGAGCUCAUUUUGAUUUUCUUCGGUUAAGUUGUCGGCGAAAACAUCGAUGAAAUGUUCGAGUAAAGUCGCGUUGAGAACGGACUUGGCUCAGUGGGACAGAUGUGUUGCAACACAGUUAUCCAGAACUUCAAUUUCAUUUCUUCGAAAAACUCAGCUGGACACUUUUUUGUUUAUACCACUACUGGAGAGAUUAAUUUUAGGCUUAUUGGGACGAAACUGCAUAAUGAUUUAAAUAAAGUAGAAAAAAAUCAAGAACAAAAAGAUUAUUAAAGUAUAAAAUAUAAUCUGUAGCCUACUGGACAUCUUAACUUUUUAAAGUUCAAAAAAUUGCAGCUGAUUUGGCCCACUGUUGGUUAAAGAUAAAGACACAAAGUUGUGGUCUCUACACAGUAUACAGUUACAUAAUCAAAGCAAACAUGGCUUAGGGCAAACAUGGCCCCUUAAUGACCACAAUCCUACAAUGAAUUGAUAUGCCAAAAUAAGUAACUCUACAGAGAUGAUGAUAGCUCUAUUUAAGGUGGAUUUCCCAUUAAAAAAAAAAAACAAGAUUAGCAGUAUUUAUAUUAAGGUAUUAAAUGAUCAAAUACAUAACGUCUCAGCCCAUCAGCGCAGGUUCCAUCAAUCUUUCAGGGUCCACACCUCUCCCAGGUUUCAUAUUUUCUGUCCCAGUAGUCCACAAAAUUAAAUACAGCAACACACUUAAAAGCUGAGAAAAACUCCUGGAAAGGUAAGACAUUACUAAGUCUUCCCACCCGACAAUGCUGAGCAGAGGUCACUGUAUAGGCAAAACAGGCUAGAAGCCUGUGUGGGCGUGACCAGGGUGUGUAGAAGCUUUAGGUAUUUGUGUAAAGCUGAAAGUUUUUGUAAUGUGGAUUUGAAAGCUUUGCACACGUAUACAGGUUAUUUUUCCCUUUGACAAUGGCUCACUGGGCUUGUCGUCAGGUCAAAUGAGGAAAAAUUCAAUCUAGCACAUAGAGAGAUGUGAUAUAAAAAAGGGCUGGUUAAGAUAUAAGCUGUCAGAUAGACUGAGGCCACAUUAAAGGUCAAAUUUAAUGUAUGUGUAAAAAGUUUUGCAGUGGCCUUUAAAUUAAUAGAACUUUGUGACUUUAUGACUAGGACAGCAGAAAUGUGGCUAAUGUCAUGGUCAGACCUCUAUUUGAACUCAAUAAACAGAUUUCACUGCAACAUUUUGGCAUAUCAUCUGGAAAUAGUAAAUGCAUUCAAUUUACAGCCAGUCACUACAACCCUGUCUGGUCACUUAAGGUAAUUUAGACACAAAUAGCCUUAUAACAGACAGAGUGAACCUCUGUUGAGAUAAAUUAUCAUGUUGGCAAAUGUAGGUUACUUAAAUAAACAUAAUAUUGAGGACAAUUAAAUUCAGCAAUCGUAUAUUAAAAAUGAAAAAUAUGUGUGGAUGAAAUAAUGUUCAAAAUGAUUUAUUUUUAUUUUUUUUUGCUUUUUACCAUGGAACAUUCUCAGGAAGUGAAACAUUUUACUUUUUUAGAAGAAAGUGAUAAGGUUUAUGUGUGAAAAUAUCACAAGAGAUUAAAGUGAUCACUUUGUCCACAGGGGGAGCCAAAAUCAACAAUAAUCAGUCCAUUCUAUUGUCCGCUUAAACUGUAUCGUAGUGGAUUGAUCAUUUAGGAAGACAGAUAAAUUUGAGGGUUAGGGGGCUACAAUUCAUCCUUUCUGAAUAGUGUCUUUCAACACACUUUUGAUAGUUUUUCAAAGGCAGUUAAAGGGGUAUUUCUCCAAAUAAUAACUGACAAUUGAUUAAUGAUUAGCCCUUGAUCUGAUUGUUUCCUUUUUUAUUUAUUUAUUUUUUUUGUAUCAACUUAUUUUUAUCUUAUUGUACUUUGUUUCCUCAGAUAUGGAUAUGCACCAUAUGGCUUUUUCAAGAAAUUAGGCAUCCCAGGACCAAAACCUCUGCCAUUUAUUGGGACAUUUUUGGAGUACAGAAGGGUGAGACACUUUUGCUUGAGUGGUUCAGGUAUGAGGGAAGAUACUUUGCAGAAAAUGACUUUAUCUUUAUCUGAUUUUUUUUUCAGGGCAUCCACAUUUUUGACACAGAAUGCUUUCAGAAAUAUGGGAAGGUGUGGGGGUAAGUUGAUAUGCAGUGUUUUGUGAAGGAUGUUGCAAUAUACUGGUAUCUGCCACGCCCUUGCAGGGGUAAACAAAGAAAAAGACCCAAAAAGCAAAACAAAAAAUGAUUUAUUUAAUUAACGAAAUAAUAAGCAACAAAAACUUACUUUGAAUGUCUAACUGAAAAAUUCACAGGCAAAAGAAGCAAAAUCCAAAGAACCAAAAAUCACUGGGGACUCAAGCAUACACACACAUCAACAUACAUACUUACAAUUAACCAACAAGAGCAGAGGCAAAGAGAGAGACUAUAUACACACUGGGUAAUGAGCAACAGGUGAAACAAAGGAGACACAGGUGAAACUCGUGGAUGAUUAACGAAGGAGGGAAAACUAAGGAAGUGAAACUAGACUAGAAACACAAGGAAUCAACUACUACAAAAUAAAACAGGAACUGAAAACUAAUCUAAAGAAUAAAACACAGAGAACAUGAGGGAAACAGGGUCAAACACAAACUGAAAAAUCACAAGACUGGACUACAGAGGAACAGGAACAUUAGGGAACAGAAACACAGGGAAAAACCACAAAGAAAAUACACUCAAAUAACAAAACCAGGGAAAAGCUCUAAUCAACAGAACAUAUCAUGACAGUAUCAACAAUAACUGUCUUUAUAAGAAAAUAAAAUAUUGAUGUUGUACAAAAAAUAAGCAUACAGUCAUAAUGUGAGUUCAUAAUAGGGGUCCUGUUUGCAGCCUGCCACAUGUUAGAGAUUAAGAAGAGGCCACAGUGAGCUGAAUUGUGAUCCAAAAACAACAUUAGAGCUUCCGCCUUGUUGCGUUACUAAUCAAUGUAACAUUCACUCUUUAUGGACGUUCUAUUCCAUUCAGUUCUGUAACUUUCAAUCUUCUGGAGGAAGUAAAUAGAAUGUGAAGCAGUACAGUAUAGUAUAGUAGCACAACAAACAAUCAUCUCAUCAGGCUGCUUGCAUUUAUUAGUUAAGCUGAAGAAGUAAUUUGUUCCUGAUACUGAUUGUGUUGUUUUGUUUUCAAGUUUUCCAUAAAUGUGGCAAUAAUGUUGUUAUCGCCACAUUUUAUGGUCACAAUAAUCAUGAGGUGAAAAUCUGAUAUUGUGACAGCACUAAUAUCAAUGUAACCAAAUGCACUUUGGAAAUAUAACUCUCCAGGUUGUGCUGCUAAAUAACUCCACUGCCGUAGUUCUAUCACCCGAGAUAACACAACCAUGCUGAUAAUCUGUACAACACACAAUGUCACGAUACAGAGUUAAACAAAAUGGGAAAGGACCCAAAAUACAGAACAGGAAAAAAAAUGAUUUAUUUAAAAAGAAUGAAAUAAAAAAGCAACAGAAAGAGAAAAAUCCAAAAAGGCAAAAUCCACAAAAAAAAUCACUGGAACGAAAUCACAGGGAGCAACUGGGGACACAGGCAUGCGCGCGCGCGCACACACACACUGACAAACAUACAAUGAACCAACAAAUAAACAGGGGGAGGCAGGGACUGUAUAUAUAUACACACAAGGAAACGAGUAACAGGUGUGGCAAACGAGACACAGGUGCAGACAAUUACAAAGGAGCGAAAACUGAGGAAGUAAACAAGACUAUACACACAAGCAUGGAGUACUACAAAAUAAAGCAGGAAACACUGAAAACUGAUCUACAGAAUAAAACACUGAAACCAUGAGGGAAACAGGGUCAGACACAAACUGAAACUCACAAGACAAGGCUACAGGGGAACAGGAACAAUAGCGAACAGAAACACUAGGGAAAACACACAGAAGAAAAAGCACUCAAAUAAACAAGACGAGGAGAAAACUAAAUAACAAAACAUACUCUGACACACAACCUUGACUGCAAUGUUGCUUUUUAACAAAGUUUCUGCAAACUGUGAAAUCAAUUAUCAUCUAAUCAAAUGACUUGACAGGACCUAAAUAUUGUCUUCUUGUGUCCAACACCUAUUUUUAAUCGAAUGCUCCAAUCUUUCACUGAGUCACGACAGCAUUUGCUCUUUGCAUUUCCAGAUUGUACGAUGGCAGGCAGCCUGUGCUGGCUGUAAUGGACACAGCUAUGAUCAAAAUGAUCCUGGUCAAGGAGUGUUAUUCAAUUUUCACGAACAGACGGGUGAGGAAAAAACACUAUGAGGACAGUGUCAGAUUCUUCUUUUCAUUGUUGUGUUAAGAGCAUAAUAUAAAGAAGUUACCAUCUUUGUAUGUGUGUGGGUGUUGUUUAGGAUUUUGGCCUAAAUGGACCCCUGCGUGAUGCUGUUUCAAUAGUUGAAGAUGAGGAAUGGAAGAGGAUUCGCAGUAUAUUGUCCCCAUCCUUCACCAGCGGUCGGCUAAAAGAGGUGAAAAGCUACACUCCUUUUGUCUUUGUGCAUGUGUGCAGAAACAGGUUGGUCCUGUCUUCCUGCCUGUCGAUGCUUGAUGAUUUUCAUCUUUUGUUUUGUUUUUUUUUUCUUUUUGCUUUGGGACAGAUGUACAAGAUAAUGAUGCACCACUCAAAAAACCUGACCAAGUAUCUUCACAAGCAAGUAGAAGCAGAUGAAGUCAUUGAGGUCAAAGAGUGAGUGAUGUUUUUUUUUAAAUGUGAGGCACAUCUUAUCACAACCAUGUGACUAGUUAAGUUUUACUUUUCCCUUCUUUGUUUCCCACAUUCACUGAAUUAGAUGCCAUGUUUGACUUUGCUUGCAGAGUGUUUGGACCUUACAGUAUGGAUGUUGUGACCAGCACUGCCUUCAGUGUGGACAUUGAUUCCAUCAACCAUCCCUCAGAUCCAUUUGUGUCAAACAUUAAGAAAAUGGUCAAGUUCAACUUUCUGAACCCCUUGCUGGUGUUUUUGGGUAUGUCAUACAAUAUUCUGUCAUCACAGUGUCUUCCUUGUACUCCUCUACAUUUUAUCUUUUUUCAUUAUCUCUUUAUUUCAGUCCUGUUUCCAUUCCUUGGCCCCAUUUUCGAGAAGAUGGACCUGUCAUUCUUCCCUGCCGCAGUGUUGGAGUUCUUCUACACUUUUCUAAGGAGGAUCAAAGCAGACCGCAGUAAGAACGAACACAAGGUACAAGAAAACAAUCAUUGCUGGUUUGAUAGUCUUUCAAAGCUUUUACAAGGACAUAGUUUGGACAUCAAAUGUGUAUUUCUUCUUUUCUUGUCUUGUAGAGCCGUGUGGAUUUUAUGCAGCUGAUGGUGGAUGCUCAGGUUUCAGAGGACAACAAGGAGAACACAAACUCUGAGAAAAAAGGUCGGGCAGGCAUUCGUGUCAUGGUUGAAGGGUUAUUAACAGAAUACCUUGUGUGUGUACUGUGUGUGCCCUCCAGUAUUUUCCAACUUGCUGGGGCGUAAAAUUUUAAUCUCUUAAUGAAAUGUAUAAAAAUCAUUAGUAUUGUUUUGAAAGUUCCUUCCUUUGGGCUUCUUCUUUGCAAACAACAGUUAACUUUUGGAGUCGACAUAAAAAGCCAAGUUUUGGAUUAAAUACUAAAAUAUUUAAAUAUUUAUAAUACAGUGUUCUUGGCCUUUAUGAAUAAUUAAGUUAAGGUAUUUUUGAAGUUUUGUGGAUACAGUGCAGAGUAAAUGUGAGAUUGUUUCAACCCAAUCAACAUUAUUUGCCCGUUUAUAAAUCAGAGUCCAAAUCAGAUGUUGCAAGCUCUCACUUGGUUAAGUUCACGAUCUUAAUAAUAGACUAAUCACGGUGUGUUUUUGUUUUAGGCCUGACUGAUAAUGAGAUCCUUUCUCAGGCCAUGAUAUUCAUCUUUGCUGGCUAUGAAACCAGCAGCAGUACACUGGGAUUCACGGCCCACAAUUUGGCUACCAAUCCUGACAUCCAAAAGAAGCUUCAGGAGGAGAUUGAUGAAACCUUUCCAGGAAAGGUAACAUAGGUUUUAAUGUGUUUAUAUUUAUUCAGCAACAUUUUAUCUCUUUUCAGCCACUAGUUGUGUACUUUCAACUUAAGAUCAACCGUGACUUUUUACAGGUUAGACCAGACUAUGAAGCUCUGAUGCAAAUGGAAUACCUGGACAUGGUGAUUAAUGAGUCCAUGAGGCUUUACCCCAUUGCCAACCGUUUAGAGCGGGUGUCGAAGACUUCUGUUGAAGUGAACGGUAUCACCAUCCCUAAAGGAACCACCGUCAUGGUACCAAUUUACCCUCUCCAGCGUGACCCUGACCUGUGGCCUGAACCAGACGCCUUCAAACCAGAAAGGUACAACACUGAAUGAAUGUCAGGUGAAGGUCAGAUUUAACCAGAGUUAGGUACCUUGACUGACUAUCCUUAUGUUUCUCUUCAGGUUCAGCAAAGAGAACAAAGACAACAUCGAUCCUUAUUCCUUCCUACCGUUCGGAGCAGGGCCAAGGAACUGCAUAGGCAUGCGAUUUGCUCUCCUGAUGAUGAAGUUAGCCAUGGUGGAGAUCUUGCAGGACUUUAGCUUUGUCCCAUGCAAGGAGACAGAUGUAAGUUUGCUUUUUCAUUACCUGUGGUUGAAGGAUAUUUUGGUGCAUAGUUAAGCCUCUUUGAAUCUGAACUCUGGUAUAGCUGCUUUUAGACUAAUUACUUUUUGUUUUUCUCUAGAUUCCACUGGAGCUUGGCAUUGAUGGUUUUACUACACCCAAGAAUCCCAUCAAACUGAAGCUGGAGCCAAGAACCACUGAGUAGUCUUCAUCAAAUUAAGCCUGUUUCACACACUGACAACUUUCACUGAACCUGCUUUAAAUAACCACAAUAUUCUACAUCUCAUUGAACUUAUCGUCCUAACACUUUUACAACAAUUCAUACUGAACACUUUUUAUUAUGUAAAACCUAUCUAUAUUUCCAAAGACUUCUCUAUAUUGUGUUUUCUUUUCUAUAAACUGGUCUACAGCUGAAUGCGUUGAUGGAAAACUUAUUGAAUGACAUGACAAAGGUAAAGAAUUGUAGCCCAUAUUUACUAAAUGGUACACACGUGCAAUUUAUGGAACUAAAAUCACUAACUUCUGUCCUGGGCUCAGUUCUGCUAACAAAAAUAUGAAUUUUGUUUUUGUUGUAUUGACCUGCUUUUUGUUGUCUCCACAUGCAUCUCUGAAGGAUGCAUCCCUGGUAUUUUAAAUCUUUAGAUAAAUUGCAUAUUAAUGUGUCAAAUAUGUUAACUGCUCGCACUGGUAUAAUAUUGUGCUUCUGUUUGUUUUGUCUCCAUGUUGAAUGUGUUUCCUGGUUGGCUGUGCUCUUUGCUCCACAUUUCAUAAGUUGUGAAAGGUAUGUGGCGAGCUGAUUGAGCUGUGGAGGCAAUAAAAAUACUUCCUCACCCUCUUGUGCCCUUUGACUGACAUUGUACAGUGAUUUACUUCAUGUAUAAGUUUUAGUAUGAUUCAUUGCACUAAUAUGUUCAAAAUCAAACCUCAUAUGUGCCUUGUUUUUCUAAAGUGGAAUAAAAAUUAUUUCAUUAGA